AUGAAUGAAAAUGUCAAUGAACGAAGUUCAAUUUCAAGUGAUAUUGGUGAAAUUGAAAUUGUUAAUGAUGAUAUGGAAUUGGAAGAUCAACGUUUUCGUUUUAUUGUUACUUAUCUCAAUAUUGUUUAUGGUACAACACCAAUAGCAUUUAAAAAAGCAAUUAUAAAUAAUGAAAUAAAUCGUAAACUUAUUGAAUCAUUUUUUGAUAAAACUGAUCGUAAUAUAAUUCUUAUAUUUGAAAAUUCUGAUUCAUUAAAUAUAUUAACUGAAUUUCCAAUUCAAUUGAAAUCGAAAAUAAUUUGUUUUGUUAAACGAAAUGAAAGUAUUAUUGAAAAAGAUAUUCCAUUAAAAAAACAAAUAGCUAUUGCAGAAUUUACAUCUUCAUCUAUUACACAAUUAAGUUUAUUUAUAUCUGAAAUUCUUUGGCCAAUAUUACAACGAAAAAAAAUAAUAUCCGAUUGGCCUGAUAUUGUUCUUCGUAGUUGUAUAGAUAAUAUAUCUGAAUUAACAAAUUUAUUAACAAUAAUCAAUGGAAUACUUCGAGGUCAAACAAUCUUAUCAAUACCACAUGAAAUUGAAUUUUUAUCAAAAUCAGAUUAUCUUCAUGUACUUAGUCAUAAUAAAACAUUUGAUGGUCGAAAAAUUCGUUUAUUAGAAAAUCUUAUAAUAACUUGGAAAAAUCAAAUUCAAACGGCGAUUAAUUAUGAUCAUGAUCCACCGAAAAAUAAAUCUUAUAUAUUACCAAAUAUUGAAAUUGAAUUUUGGACAAAUCGAGCAGAAAAUUUACAAGGAAUUAAAACACAAAUGCAUUCACCAUUAGUUCGACGUCUUGCUGAAGUUCUUGAAAUUUCAAGUUCAAAUUAUUUUUCAAGAUUUCGUACUAUAUUUCGUGAUGUUAUUCAAGCAUUAGCUGAAGCACAAAAUAUUGCUUUAUAUUUAAAAACACUUGUACCCAUUCUUGAAUUAAUUGAAAAAGUUCAAGAUAUUAAAACAAUUUCAUUAUAUUUUGAUCAAUUAUUUCAUACAUUAGCUUUAGUUUGGGCUAAUUCAGUUUAUUAUACAAAUAUAGGUCGUUUUAUUGGAUUUUUACAACAAUGGACAAAUCUUGUUGUUUUAAAAAUUCGUGAUUUACUUCAACCAAAUGAUUUAUUUGUCGAUACAGAUUUUGAUGAACCAAUUCAAUUGAUUAAUUUAGCGCUUGAAACAUGUUUUCUCUAUAAAAAAUCUUAUCAACGUCGUAAGGAAUUAUUACCAACGUAUUUUAAUGAAAAUCGACAAAUACUUUAUUGGGAAAUACCAGAGUCAAAAAUCUUUGAACGAUUUGAUCAUUUUGUUGAUCGUCUUAAAAUGCUUAAAGAUAUUCUAUUAACUGUACAAGAAUGUUCUAUAUAUGAAUCAAUUGAAUUAGGUGGUAUUGAUGCUGAUGAAUUACAAAAUAUUUUACAAAAAGUUAUUGGAGAUUUAAAAUCAACAUAUGCUAUAUUUCGUGGUCUAUCAAAUGAUAUAACAAAUGAAUUAAAUAUUGAUUUUCCUAAUACUUAUAAAACAUUUCGUAAAAUUAUUUUUAUUGGUGAUGAACGUAUUGCUAAUAUUUUACAUCGUUUUCUUCAACCAUGUUCUAAUCAUAUUAAAACAACUGAUAUUGAUAAUAUUUAUCGAUUAUUUCGUAUUUUUGGAUCAACUUUACAAAGAAAUCGACUUAGACAGGUUAUUAAUGAAUAUACAAAUACAUUUUUGCAUAUAAUUGAAAAUGCAUUAAAUGAAGAUCAGUUAUUAUUUGAUGAAUAUAUUAAAGAUUCAAAUUCAAUAUGGUUAUUAUCAAUGCCAAAAUUAAUUUCUCAUUAUCGAUGGAUUGAACAAUUACGUCAACGUAUUUAUAAUCAAAUAGAACCUUUAAAAAUAAUUGAUAUCAAUAUUAAAGAUAAUGAUAUUUAUAAACGAAUAGUUGAACAAGAAAAAAAUAUUCAAAUAAAACUUGAUAAUUUUAUUGAAAAUAUCAAUCAACAAUGGAUUAAUUUAUUUCAAAAAGAAAAUUUAUUACAUUUAAAUGAACCACUUCUUAGAAAAGAAAAUGAAUAUUAUAUUGUUAAUAUUAAAUCAGAACUUGCUACAGCUUUACAUGAAGUUAUGCGUCUUUAUCAAAUACCAAAUUUAAUUCUUUCACCAGAAAUUGAAGAAUUCUAUCAACAAAUAGAUCGAUUUCAACAACAAUUUAUCGAUCUUGAUUAUAUUACAAAAUCUUAUCGACAUAUAUAUGAUAAUGUUCUUAUUAUUGAAUAUCCAUUAAUUCGUGAAGAAUUAACAAUUAUUGAAAAUGAUCUUGAAAAAGCAAGUACAGUUGUUACAUUCGAUAUCGAUAUAGAUUCAAUUGAUUUUAUUCGUCGACUUCGAACAACAAUUAGUGAUUUUGAAGCACGUUUCUUUAAAAGCAAAUCAAAUCUAGAUGAUAUGCAAAAAAUUCUUAAAUAUUUUCUUAAAACAGCAUUAUUUUCACGUGGUGAAACUCGACAAGAUCCAUUACUUAUUGUUUAUGAAAAAGAAGAUAGAGUAUUAAAGAGAAAUAAUGAAUUAAGAGAUGCUGGUUUACGUUUACAAGAUAUUCUUAAACAAAAUAAAUGGUUAUUAAAAGCUGAUGCUGAUUCAGAUAUAUGGAAAGCAUAUGUUGAUUAUGUUGAUGAAAUAGUUAUAGAAUCACUUUAUGAAAUUAUUGAAUAUAAUCUUAAUUAUCUACUUGAAGAAUCUGAUCCAACACUUAAUAAACGUCCACUUUUUGAAGUUCAACUUAUAUUAGAUGAUCUUGAUUUACGUUUUAACCCAACUCUUGAAUUUGGUAGUGCUAAUGGUCUUUAUGAUAUAGUUGAUACAUUAAUAGGUAAUAUUUUUCGACAAGCUGCUAUGCUUCCUCGUCUGGCUGAACAUUCUGGACAAAAACAUUAUCAAAAUGAUCUUGAAGAAAUGAAAGAAUUAAAUGAUUGUCGAUUAAAAAUUAUGGAACGAUUACGUGAUACAAUGAAAGAAGCUAACGAUUGGAAAGAAGAAGUUGAAGAUUAUUCGUAUUUAUGGCUUGUUGAUAGAAAAGAACAUAUGAGACAAUUUAUUCUCUAUGGUCGUUUACUUGAAGAUUAUGAAUUAGAAAAUCGUGAACAUAUUAAAGAAACACCACCAAGUUUAAUACAAUUUCAAAAUCAAAUCGAUUUGUUUCAAUCAAUAUAUAAUAAUAUUGAUAGUUGGGAUCAAACAUUUCUUUUUAAUAGUUGGUUAAGAGUUGAUGCUCGACCUAUUAAACGGCAAUUACUUAUCCUUGUUAAUAAAUGGAUUAAUUUAUAUAAAAAUUAUUUAAUUGAUCAUGUUACUGUUUCAUUAAAUGAAUUAGAAUUAUUUAUAAAAUAUGCAACAAAUAUGUUACAACGUCAAGUUAAAUCUAAUGAUUUAAAAGGUUUAAUUGAAAUGAUGACGUUUUUAAGUCAAGUACGUUCUCGACAAGAAUAUACAGAUGAUAUGGCUGAACCAAUAAAAGAUAUAAUUGAAUUACUUAAAUCAUAUGCAUAUGAAGUACCACAAACAAUUUAUGCAAUGCUUGAUGAAUUACCUGAAAAAUGGAUUAUUAUUAAAAAAAUGUCUAUCAAAAUGAAACAAUAUAUUGCACCAUUACAAGCAAAUCAAAUUAUUAAUAUUCGUAAUCAAAUUAUUGAUAUGGAAAAAAAACAACAAGAACUUAGAGAAAGAUUUUUAAGAGAUGCACCAUUUAAAUAUGAUACAAAAGAACCAUACGUUGAACUUGAUAAUUGGGCAUCACAAUUACGUAAAUUCGAUCAAGAAGUUCAACAAUUAACUGAUCUUGCUAGUAUAUUUGAUAUCAAUAUUCCUGAAUAUAAAACUGUAAAAUUAUGUCGUAAAGAAAUGCGUCCAUUAAAACAAUUAUGGGAUUUAAUUUAUUUAAUUCGUUCACGUAUUGAUGAAUGGACAAAAACACCAUGGAAACAAGUUAAUAUUGAAUUAAUUGAUCAAGAAUUACGACAAACAUAUUUAAAUAAAGAAUUACGUUUACUUGCUAAAGAAUGUAAUCAAUGGAAUGCUUAUCAUGGAAUUGAAAAAGAUGUUAAAAAUCUUAUUGCAUCAUUACGUUCUGUAGGAGAAUUUCGUAAUAAUGCAAUAAGAUCACGUCAUUGGGAAGAAUUAAUGAAAGAAACAGGUGUUCAAAUUCAUAUAACAAAUGAAACAAGUUUACAAGAUUUACUUGUUCUUAAUUUACAUAAAUAUGAAGAAGAGGUCAAAAAUAUUGUUGAUAAAGCAGAUAAAGAACAAGGAAUGGAAAAAAUUUUACAUGAUCUUGAAAAUACUUGGUCAAAUAUGAAUUUUCAUAUUGAAAAACAUCCACGUACAAAUGUAACACUUGUUUCAAUUGAUGAUGAUAUUCUUGUUGCAUUAGAUGAACAUCAAACACAAUUACAAACAUUACUUUCAUCAAAAUUUAUUUCACAUUUUAUUGAUAAUGUUAUUACAUGGAAAAGUCAAAUGUCAACAGCUGAUAUGGUUUUACAAUUAUUAACUGAUGUACAACGUACAUGGUCAAAUUUAGAAGCAAUUUUUAUUGGUACUGACGAUAUUCGAAUACAAUUACCUGAUGAAACAGAAGCUUUUCAUAGAAUUGAUAAAGAAUUUAAAAUAAUAGCAAAAGAAAAUGAAGCUGAUUUAAAUUUUAUUCGUUGUACAAAUCGUUCGGGUUUAUAUGAUCAAUUAGAAAAAAUGAAAGAUAAUUUACAAAUAUGUCAAAAAGCAUUAGAAGAUUAUUUAGAAAUCAAAAGACUUGCUUUUCCACGAUUUUUCUUUGUAUCCGGUUCGGAAUUACUUGAAUUUUUAUCUAAUGGAAAUGAACCAGAAAAAGUUAUGCGAUUAUUAAGAAAAGUAUUUGAUAGUUUAAAUAAAUUAGAUUUACGUGAAGAUACAAAUGGAAAUAAACUUAAAAUGGCAUAUGCUAUGUAUUCGGAUGAUGGUGAACGUGUGAAAUUUUUUAAUGAUUGUAAUCUUGAAGGAGCAGUAGAAAUUUGGUUAUCACGUUUAUUAGAUUUUCAUUGUGAAACAAUCAGAAAUUGGCUAAGAAUAGCCGUAACUACUUAUGAAGAUAAAUCUCGAGAAGAAUGGAUAUUUGAUUAUCCAGCUCAAAUUAUUCUUACUGCAAGUCAAAUAUGGUGGACAACAGAUGUAAAUGCAACAUUUGCUCGUAUGGAAGAAGGUUUUUCAAAUGCAUUACGUGAAUAUAAUAAAAAACAAAUAGUACAACUUAAUACACUUAUUAAUUUAUUAUUGGGUUAUUUAAAUGACCAAGAUCGUGAAAAAAUAACAACACUUUGUCUUAUUGAUCUUCAUGCACGUGAUGUUAUUACAAAAAUGCUUAAUCUUAAAAUUGAAAAUAGUAAUGAAUUUACUUGGCAAUCACAAUUAAGACAUAGAUGGGAUUCAAAAGAUAAUAAUUGUUAUGCAAAUAUAUGUGAUGCUAGAUUUAAAUAUCAAUAUGAGUGUUAUAUAACGUUAACACAAUCAUUACAUUUAUUUGUUGGCGGAGCUCCAGCUGGUCCGGCUGGAACUGGAAAAACUGAAACUACUAAAGAUCUUGGUCGAUCAUUAGGUGUAUGUGUUUUUGUUACAAAUUGUUCUGAACAAAUUGAUUAUAAAUCUAUUGGUAAUACAUUUAAAGGAUUAGCAAUGAGUGGUUGUUGGGGAUGUUUUGAUGAAUUUAAUCGUAUAUCAAUUGCAGUUUUAUCUGUUGUUGCAGUUCAAGUUAAACUUAUUUUUGAUGCAUUAAGAGCUAAACGUAAAUUAUUUAAUUUUAUGAAUACAGAAAUAAAACUUCAUCUAUCUGUUGGUAUUUUUAUAACAAUGAAUCCUGGUUAUGCUGGACGAACAGAAUUACCAGAAAAUUUAAAAGCUUUAUUUCGACCAUGUGCAAUGGUUGUACCAGAUUUUGAAUUAAUUGCUGAAUUAAAUCUUGUAUCAGCUGGAUUUACAGAUGCACGAUUAUUAAGUAGAAAAUUUGUUACAUUAUAUACAUUAUGUCAUAAUUUAUUAUCAAAACAAGAACAUUAUGAUUGGGGUUUACGUGCAAUUAAAUCAGUACUUGUUGUUGCUGGAACAUUAAGACGAUCAGAUCCUAAUAUGAGUGAAGAUAAAGUACUUAUGAGAGCAUUACGUGAUUUUAAUAUACCAAAAAUAACUAUUGAAGAUAUGCCAGUUUUUCUUAAUCUUAUUGGAGAUCUAUUUCCAGCAUUAGAUGUUGAACGAAAAAGAGAUCAAGAUUUUGAAAAUAAAGUUCGAAAAGCUGCUAUUGAUCUUCAUUUACAAGCUGAAGAAGCAAGUCCAACUGUACAAAAUAAUUUUGUACUUAAAGUUAUUCAAUUAAAAGAAAUAUUUGAUGUACGACAUUCUGUUUUUAUUAUUGGAAAUGCUGGAACAGGUAAAACACAAAUAUGGAAAACAUUAUUUAAAACUUAUCAAAAUCUGAAACGUCGACCACAUGCUAUUGAUCUUGAUCCAAAAGCUGUUACUAAUGAUGAAUUAUUUGGUUAUAUGCAUCGACAAACACAUGAAUGGAAAGAUGGUCUAUUUUCAACUAUUAUGCGAGAUUUAGCUAAUAUGACAUCAGAUUCACCAAAAUGGAUUGUACUUGAUGGUGAUAUUGAUCCAAUGUGGAUCGAAUCAUUAAAUACAGUUAUGGAUGAUAAUAAAGUACUUACAUUAGCUAGUAAUGAACGAAUUCCAUUUAAUGAAACAAUGCGUUUAUUAUUUGAAAUAAGUCAUUUAAAAACAGCAACACCAGCAACAGUUUCACGUGCAGGAAUUUUAUAUGUAUCAACAAAUGAUAUUGGAUAUUCACCUGUUUAUGUUAGUUGGGUUGAACAACGCGAAUCAAAUAAUGAACGUAAUCAAUUAUUAUUAUUAUUUGAUAAAUAUAUACCACGUUGUUUGGAAUUACUUAAAAGUGGCCGUGUUAAAACGAUUACACCAUUAGUUGAUGUUUGUCAUAUACAAAUGUUAUGCAAUAUUCUUGAUUGUUUAUUAACACCACAAAAUUUACCAGCAGAUUGUCCAAAAGAAUGGUGGGAAUUAUAUUUUGUUUGGGCAACUAUAUGGGCUAUUGGUGGUUCACUUUUUCAAGAUCAAAUAAUUGAUUAUCGAGUUGAAUUUUCUAAAUGGUUUAUUCAUGAAUUUAAAAGUAUUAAAUUUCCACCUCAUGGAACUGUAUUUGAUUAUUCAAUUGAACCACAAUCGAAACGAUUUGAACCGUGGUCAAAAUUUGUUGAUGAAAUUAAUUUUGAUCCUGAUUUACCAGUUCAAUCACAAUUAAUACCUACAAAUGAAACAGUUCGUUUAUCAUUUUGGCUUGAAGCACUUAUAAAAAAAGGUGUUUCUGUUAUGUUUGUUGGUUCAGCUGGUACGGGUAAAAGUGUCAUAAUUAAAAAUCGAUUAGAAAAAUUUGAUUCACAAAAUUUUAUGAUUUCAACAAUUCCACUCAACUAUUAUACAACAAGUGAAAUGUUACAAAACUCACUUGAAAAACCUUUAGAAAAAAAAGCUGGUCGAACAUAUGGAGCACCAGGAAAUCGACGAUUGAUUUAUUUUAUUGAUGAUUUUAAUAUGCCUGAACGUGAUAAAUAUUUUACUGUACAAGCUCAUACAAUCGUUCGUGAAUAUCUUGAUUAUCAACAUUGGUAUGAUCGACAAAAAUUUACACUUAAAGAAAUUCGAAAUUGUCAAUUUGUUGUUGCAAUGAAUCAAAAUGCAGGAACAUUUAAUAUUGAUGCUCGUCUUCAACGACAUUUUGCAACAUUGGCUGUUCCUUUAUCAAAUAAAAAUACUCUUCAUACAAUUUAUUCAAAAAUGCUUGAAACUAAAUUUUCACAUAUUAAUAAAAUUGAUUUAAAAACACAGACAAGUUUUUUAAAUCAAUUUAUAACAGUUAUGAUACAAUUUCAUCAACGUGUUUCAAGUGUAUUUUUACCUACAGCAAUUAAAUUUCAUUAUUUUUUUAAUUUACGUGAUUUAUCAAAUAUUGUUCAGGGAAUGUUAUUAGCUUCAUCAAAAAAUAUUUUAUAUCCACAAGAUCUCAUACGUUUAUACAUACAUGAAGCUGAAAGAACUUAUUCAGAUAAACUUAUUAAUCAAGAUGAUAUUGAAUUUUUUCAUAAAAUUUUACGUGAAACUAUACGAAAAAGUUUUGAAUUUGCCAAUGAUGAAACAUUUCUUCGACCACUUAUUUAUUCACAUUUUUCUGAUGGAAUUAAUGGUGGACAAUAUACAGCUGUAUCAUCAAUGGAUAAAUUACAACAUAUAGUCGAAGAUGCAUUAGCAUCAUAUAAUGAAACAAAUCCUUCAAUGAAUUUAGUAUUAUUUGAAGAUGCUCUUAUUCAUAUUGCACGUAUUAAUCGUAUACUUGAAUCACCACGAGGUAAUGCAUUGUUAAUUGGUGUUGGUGGUAGUGGAAAGCAAUCUUUAGCUCGUUUAGCGGCUUUUGUAUCAUCACUUGAUGUUUUUCAAAUAACAAUAAAACCAAAUUAUGGAAUAAAUGAUUUUAAAAUUGAUCUAAAUAAUCUCUAUCGUCGUGCUGCAUUAAAAGGUCUUUCAUGUAUAUUUCUAUUAUCUGAUGCACAAAUAACAGAUGAACAUUUUCUUGUUUAUAUCAAUGAUUAUUUAUCAUCAGGUGAAAUAUUUGAUUUAUUUACUGAUGAGGAAAUAGAAGAAAUUCUUAAUUAUUUACGAUCUGAAGCUAAAUCACAAGGUUAUAAUGAAUCAAAAGAAAAUAUAUGGAAAUAUUUUAUUGAUAAAGUACGACGAAAUCUUAAAAUAGUUAUGUGUUUUUCACCUGUUGGAAAUACAUUACGUAUACGUGCACGUCGUUUUCCAGCAUUAUUUAGUGGAACAAUUAUUGAUUGGUUUCAUUCAUGGCCAAGAGAUGCACUUUAUUCAGUUGUUAUUCGUUUUCUUGAUGAUAAUAAAUUAUUUUCGAAUGGAAUACGUCAUGCUAUAGCUAAUUUUAUGGCUGAUACACAUAUUGAUAUCAAUCAUAUAUCAAUACAAUAUUUUACAAAUGAACGACGAUCUUAUUAUACAACAUCAAAAACAUUUCUUGAAUAUAUAAAAUUUUUUCAAUAUAUUUAUGAAAAUAAACAAAAGAAAAUUGAACUUGAAAUUGUUCGAAUUUUAGCUGGAUUAGAAAAACUUGGUUCAAUUUCAGCACAAACUGCUAUUUUACAAGAAGAUUUAAAAAUUACAACAGAUGAAGUCAAUACUAAAGCAGAAAAAGCUGAAAUUGCAUUGAAAAUAGUUACAGCUGAAGCAGAUAAAGUUGCAAAAGAAAAAUCAUUUGCUGAUGAUGAACGUCGAAAAAUUGAAACAAAAAAAGCAGCUGUUGAAAAAGUACAAGCUGCAUGUGCAAUAGAAUUAGCUAAAGCUGAACCUGUACUCGAAGCAGCAAGAUUAGCACUUGAAAAGAUUGAAAAAGGACAAUUAACUGAAUUGAAAUCUUUUGCAUCACCACCAGAAACUGUUAAAUUUGUAAUGAAUAUGGUUGUUGUACUUUUUAAAUGGGUUGAUGAAAAUCGAAUUAUUCCUGAAAGUCAACGUACAUGGACGGAAGCAAAAAAUACUAUUGGACCAGUAGAAAAAUUUUUACAACGUCUGAGAAAUUUUCAAGUUGCUAAAGUUACUCCACAAGUGAGAGCUAUCAUUGAUAAACUUAAUGCAACAUUAAUGAAAAUUAGUAAAACAAAUAGUAUUGAAAGUUUAAUUCAACAAAUUACAGUUAAAUCAGCAGCAGCUGGUGGGAUUUAUACAUGGCUUGAUAAUACUCUUAAAUUUCAUACUGUUUAUUUGGAAGUAAAACCAAAACAAAUAGCUUUAGAUGUUGCUAAUGAAGAAUUAAGUCGAGCACAACAAGCUUUUUCAAAAAUUCUUGCACAUGUACAAAUACUUGAAGAUUGUUUAACGGAAGAAAAUCUUAAAAUGCAACGAGCUCUUGCUGAAAAAGAUGAUGCUAUUAGAACAAAAGAACGAUUAGCACGUCAAAUUGAUUUAGCUGAACGUCUUGUUGAUGGUCUUGCUUCAAGUCGAAUUAUAUGGACAAAACGUGUUGAAACAUUUAAAAAUGAUUUAGAAACUUUAUUAGGUGAUGUUUUACUAGCAUCAACAUUUAUUUCAUAUGCUGGAUAUUUUUCAAGAAGUUAUCGAAUUAAUUUUGUUAAUAAAUGGAGAUCAGCUAUUACAGCUACUAAAUGGUUUGAUAUCAAAAUAAUAAACUAUUAUAUUUCAUUUGAUUUAAUAUCGACAAUAAUUUCAUUCUAUUGUCCUCUACAAUUUGUUUUAAAUGUAUUUUUAGGAAUGUUAGCCAAUCUUCACAAAGCAUUAGAUAAUUUUGAUCAAGAAAUUCUUGAUUCAUGUAGUAAAGAUGCACAAUUUAAAGUUAUUCUUUUUGCUCUAUGUUAUUUUCAUGCUGUUGUAUCUCAACGAACAAAAUUUGGUCCUAUCGGUUGGAAUAGAAAAUAUCCAUUUUCUUCGGGAGAUUUACAAAUAUGUAUUGAUGUUUUACGUAAUUAUCUUGAAACAAAUAUUAAAAUACCUUGGGAAGAUUUACGUUAUAUAUUUGGUGAAAUAAUGUAUGGUGGACAUAUAACUGAUGAUUGGGAUCGUCGUUUAUGUCGUAAUUAUCUUGAAACAUAUUUAAAUCCAACAAUGUUUGAAGGUGAUCUUUAUUUGGCACCUGAUUUUCCAUUACCACCUCCACUUGAUUAUAAAUCAUAUCAUGCAUAUAUUGAUGAUAAACUUCCAAGUGAAUCACCAAAACUUUAUGGUCUACAUCCAAAUGCUGAAAUUGAUUUUCUUUCUCAAACAAGUGAAAAACUUUUUCGUAUACUUAUUGAAAUUUCACCAAAAUAUACAAAUACAAAUAUUCAUGGACAAAAUGGAACAAUAUCACGUGAUGAAAAAAUACGAAAUGUACUUGAAGAAUUUCAAAAUCACAUGCCCGAAGAUUUUACUAUUGUUGAAUUACGUGUACGUGUUGAUGAACGUAAUCCAUAUGCUGUUGUUGCUUUACAAGAAGCUGAAAGAAUAAAUAAUUUAUUACGUGAAAUUCGACAAAGUCUUAAAGAACUUGAUGGUGGUCUUAAAGGUGAAUUAGCUAUAUCAUCUGAGAUUGAAAUUUUACAAGAAUGUUUCUAUCUUGAUAUUGUACCUAUUCAAUGGUCUAAUCGAGCUUAUCCAUCACUUUAUUCAUUAGGUCUAUGGUUUUAUGAUAUGUUAAAUCGAUAUCGAGAAAUAGAAAAUUGGACAGUAGAUUUUCAAUUACCAAAUUCUGUAUGGUUAGGUGGUCUAUUUAAUCCACAAUCAUUUCUUACUUCAAUUAUGCAAGCUGUUGCACGAAAACAAGAUUGGCCACUUGAUCGUAUGUGUCUUAUAGUUGAAAUAACAAAAAAACAAAAAGAAGAAUUACAAAAUGCGCCGAAAGAUGGUGCUUAUAUUCAUAAUUUAUUUAUUGAUGGAGCACGAUGGGAUAAACAAAGUAAUUUAUUAGUAGAAGGAAAAUUAAAAGAAUUAUGUCCAUCAAUGCCAGUUAUAUUUGUUAAAGCUAUACCUAUCGAUCGAUUAGAUACUAAAGGUACUUAUGAUUGUCCAGUAUAUCGAAUUAAAACAAGAGGAAGUACAUAUAUUUGGCAUUUUAAUUUGAAAACAAAAGAAAAACCAUCAAAAUGGGUACUUGCUGGUGUAGCACUUUUAUUACAAAUAUGA